AACUCCUCGGAGAUGCCAGAGACCAUUACCAGCCGAGAUGCUGCUCGUUUUCCCAUUGUUGCCAGUUGCACCCUUCUGGGGCUCUACCUCUUCUUUAAAAUAUUCUCUCAAGAGUACAUAAAUCUUCUGCUUUCCAUGUAUUUCUUCGUGCUGGGGAUCCUAGCCCUGUCCCACACCAUCAGCCCCAUGAUGAACAGAUUCUUCCCUGCAAAUUUCCCCAACAAACAGUACCAGCUCCUCUUCACCCAGGGCUCCGGGGAGAGCAAGGAGGAAAUAGUAAAUUACGAGUUUGACACCAAGGAUCUUGUAUGCCUGGCCCUGAGCAGCAUUGUGGGGGUCUGGUACCUGCUGAGAAAGCACUGGAUUGCCAACAAUCUCUUUGGGCUGGCGUUCUCCCUCAACGGGGUGGAGCUGCUGCAUUUGAACAACGUCAGCACUGGCUGCAUCUUGCUUGGGGGCCUCUUCAUCUACGACGUCUUCUGGGUCUUUGGCACCAAUGUGAUGGUGACAGUUGCCAAAUCGUUUGAGGCCCCAAUAAAACUGGUUUUCCCUCAGGACCUGCUGGAGAAGGGGCUGGAGGCCGACAAUUUUGCCAUGCUGGGUCUGGGAGACAUUGUCAUUCCAGGGAUUUUCAUUGCCUUGCUGCUGCGGUUUGACAUCAGCUUGAAGAAGAACACGCAUACGUAUUUCUACACCAGCUUUGUGGCCUACAUCUUCGGGCUGGGCCUGACCAUAUUCAUCAUGCACAUCUUCAAGCACGCCCAGCCUGCUCUUCUGUACCUAGUCCCCGCAUGCAUCGGAUUCCCACUUCUUGUGGCCUUGGCAAAGGGAGAAGUAACUGAAAUGUUCAGCUACGAGGAGAGCUCAACCCCCAAGGAGGUGCCGGGGGCCUCCAAAGAAGAGACGACAGAAGCUGCCAAGAAGGAGAAGUGACCUUGCCCGUGGGCCAUCCCCGGCACUGCUGGGCUGGGGCCCUUCCAGACCCUCUGCAAGUGACAGACGACGAAACAAUUGUGCAAGAGCAUCGUGUUGUGUGUGUCGGAGCAGCC